UCGGAUUUCGGCCUUAUGGUUCGUGGUGGAUUUAAUUUUAGCGUGCGUUACGUUCUUUGGAACCCAAUUUAACAACUAGUUCUGAUUAUCAGUUUGUCUUCAUCUCAUGCUAGCUUUAUUCCAGGUUGCUGUCUUUUGAUUCCUCUACUUAAUCUUCAUUAAUCUUCCAGAUAACCUAACACACCUGCACACAAGGUACCUCCUGAAAACAACCAACUGAAGGCUGGAUAAACACAUCAGUUUUUCAUUGUGUUAUCAUGGAACAGUGCGUCACGGAUUGUCUCAAUAGUGAUGACUGUGUGGUGGUUGUUUGGUCAGGUGAAGUUCUAGAGGAUGUUAUGCGUGGUCUAAAAAUGGCUGUUUCCACGUUUGUUAAGGAGCUUCAGUUCGAAAACUUGGAAAAAUUCGCGGGCAGUCCGACUGUAGAUAGUUAUUUCCACAAGUUUUCCGUUAUCUUAUGUGGCUGGCCUAAUCCGAUAAGCAUAAACACACUCAAGUUUGACGUGUUAUCAAAUCUUUUAUCCUGUUUACGACCUGGUGGCCGAUUUAUUGGUCGUGAAUCAAUUACAGAUGAUUGGGAAUCUCUGGAAAAGAAUCUAACAAUCUCUGGUUAUAUAAAUCCUUACCAGUUGUCACGUGAAAACUACUUAAUAUUCAGCGCAUCUGUUCCGUCAAAUUAUACCCAGGGUUCCAGUGUCAAACUUUCAUGGACUAACAGUGAUGUCGAGGCGGCUUGGGAAGAUGUUGAUAAUUCAUCUGACGUUAAUGGAAGUAGUAUAAAUACAAAUGCACUUCUGCAAAAGUCAGAGUUACGAACUCCUUUAGCUGUCUGUGGAAAAGAGGUUUCAACGGAUUCAGCUGGAAAAAAGAAACGAGCUUGUAAAAACUGCACGUGUGGUUUAGCUGAGAUUGAAGCAACGGAAAAAGAAGAAUCCGAUAUCCCUAUAUCAUCCUGCGGAAAUUGCUACCUUGGAGAUGCCUUCCGAUGUUCUACAUGUCCUUACCGUGGACUGCCACCAUUUAAGCCUGGAGAAAGGAUUCUGAUACCGGACGAUAUUUUAAAAGCCGAUUUGUGAUAGCUCGCACAGUAGCCCAUCGUGAAUCUCUGUAUGUCCCUAAUGUUAAAAUAUGUCAUACUUUAUCAACGAAUCCUACCUUUCUUAUUAUUGUCCUCAUUGAGCACCGACUGUAAAUAAAUAUAUAGUAUAAAAUCAGGUCUUAAGAAGUAAAUGUUAAUGAAGAUGUGUUUCGGCAUCAAAUUAGUUAUUGAUUGUUAAAAUUAUCACAAGUUUAUUAUCUCUAGUGCUCUGGAUAAGACCUUACUUUAGUGCCGUUAGAUGCAUUCUGUAAAUGAUUUUAACAGUCUUUUAUUUGCUCUUUUUUUCGUUUAUACAAACAUAAAUGGAAAUGGUGAGCGCAAAAUUCACAUUAAUUGUAUCACAUCAAUAGGUCUCUUCGUAUUUUAAAACUUUUCACGAUUAACUCUGAUAGCUGACCUGAUUUGUAUGGAAAGAGAGUUAUGCAGACGAAAUAGUUUGUUUCAGUUGCUUGUAUACUGUUGCACAAAGAAACGAGGAAGUUAUAAUUACAGGAUACCUGUAUUGUUAAUCAUAAGAUACACGUAGUUCUUUAUCCCAAAGUAAAUAUCCUAAUCACAAAUAGAU